GGCGCAGAACCCUGCACCCGCCGGCGCCAUGCAAAAGGCGGGGCUGCUAUUCGGUGCCUGUGCACAGACUUGGAAGUCGAUGAGGAUGGCUAGCUCCAGCGUGGCGCGCCGGAACCCACUCGAGAAUAAGGUGGCCCUAGUAACGGCCUCCACUGAAGGGAUCGGUUUCGCCAUCGCCAGGCGUCUGGCGCAGGAUGGGGCCCACGUGGUACUCAGCAGCCGAAAGCAGCAGAAAGUGGACAAGGCAGUGGCAGAGCUGCAGAGGGAGGGGCUGAGUGUAACGGGCACUGUGUGCCAUGUGGGGAAGGCUGAGGACCGGCAGCGGCUGGUGGCCACGGCUGUGAACCUUCAUGGCGGCGUGGACAUCCUAGUCUCUAAUGCAGCCGUCAACCCUUUCUUUGGAGAUGUAGUGGAUGUCACCGAGGAGAUGUGGGACAAGAUUCUGGGCAUUAAUGUGACGGCCACAGCUCUGAUGACAACAGCAGUGGUGCCAGAGAUGGAGAAACGAGGAGGCGGCUCAGUGGUGAUUGUGGCCUCCAUAGGAGCCUACAACAUGACUUCUGGCAUGGUCCCUUAUAACGUUAGUAAAACAGCCUUGCUGGGCCUCACCAAGAGCCUGGCCGUGGAGCUGGCCCCAAGGAACAUUAGGGUGAACUGCCUGGCACCUGGACUCAUCAAGACGAGCUUUAGCCGUUCGUUGUGGGAAGACCAGGCAACACUGGAAAAGCUAAAAGCAGCCAUGCAGAUCAAAAGGAUAGGCAAGCCAGAGGACUGUGCAGGCAUCGUGUCUUUCCUUUGCUCUGAAGACGCCAGCUACAUCACUGGAGAGACAGUGGUGGUGGCUGGAGGGAUGCCAUCCCGCCUCUGAGAACCUAGAGAACUUCCACCAGUGCAGAGAUUGGGCUGCAACUCUUGGAUCCUGUUCCAGCAUCCAUCAACUGGUCUUUCCCACCACUGUCUAGCAUACCGCUCACCUUACACUGUAACCCCACCCCCGCCUACCCCCAUAUUAAUUCUGCCCUGUGAAAAACUUCAGCAUUCUCUGCUGUCAAGGUGUGGUCUUCUGAGGAUUCUCACUGUUGCUGUAGCCUUGAAUAGACUUCCCCUGAGAGCAUAGGGCAGACCUGCUGAGAGGGCUUAGUCUACGGUGGCAAAGACCAACUCAUUUUUUUUUUUCUGGGGAAUUUUAGAGAGAUGGGAAAGAAGGAACCUGGGGUGGAAGGAACAGGGCUGGAAAUUAACAACUCGCAAAUGAGGUGCAAAUAAAAUGCAGAUGAUCACGA